GAGGCAGUGUACAGUCUGUUGAGACUUCAUUUGUGAGGAGCAGGUAUGAGUGCUUGGUUCCACUAUUUAGCUUUGGAAGGUUUUGAGAUAUUGCUCUACACAGGCACAGAAUCCCAUAUACUAAUUUGCAGAGACAACUAGUAGCAGAGUAUGACUUUUAGUUAAGCAACCACCCUUUUCUUUGUCAAACUUCCCUCCACCUACCAUGAAUUAAUUUUAUUAAUUUAAGACAUUUUGGGGGGAAAUAGGCUUUUAUUCUGUAUGUAUGUGCUGGAGAGAAGAAGUAUGUUCUGGCUUGAUGAUGAAGAGAAAUUAUUUCUCACACAGGAGAUAGGUUAUUCUAGUGUGGCACUGACUGGGACAGAUGCACAGCUGGGAGAAAUGGAAAACCUGGAAGAGUUUGUGCUACGUCCUGCACCACGUGGCAUGACAAUGAAGUGUCGGAUCACAAGAGAUAAAAAAGGGAUGGACCGAGGUCUGUUUCCUACUUACUAUAUGCACCUGGAACGGGAUGAUGACAGAAAGGUAUUCCUUCUUGCGGGGAGAAAAAGGAAAAAAAGCAAAACAUCAAAUUAUCUCAUUUCCAUUGAUCCAACAGAUUUAUCCAGGGAAGGAGAAAGUUUCAUUGGAAAACUCAGAUCAAACCUUAUGGGAACUAAAUUUACCGUCUACGAUCAUGGGGUUAGUCCGAUCAAAGCACAGGGGCUGGUGGAAAAAGCCCACACUCGACAUGAGAUGGCUGCUAUUUGCUAUGAAACCAAUGUACUAGGAUUCAAGGGGCCCAGGAAAAUGUCAGUCAUAAUUCCAGGAAUGAAUCUGAAUCAUGAGAGAAUUCCUAUCAGACCACAAAAUGAACAUGAGAGUUUGCUGUCAAAAUGGCAAAAUAAAGAUAUGGAGAACCUGAUUGAGUUGCACAACAAAGCCCCAGUAUGGAAUGAUGAUACCCAGUCAUAUGUCUUGAACUUUCAUGGACGAGUCACCCAGGCUUCUGUGAAGAAUUUCCAGAUUGUCCAUGAAAAUGACCUUGACUAUAUCGUGAUGCAGUUUGGACGUGUUGCAGAGGACUUAUUCACCUUGGACUUUAAUUACCCACUGUGUGCCCUUCAGGCCUUUGCCAUUGGACUCUCCAGCUUUGAUAGUAAACUGGCAUGUGAAUGACAGAUGUGUUAUAUCAAUGCCACAUUUUAUUUUUAUUACUGUACUAAUAUUUGUAAAUAAAAAUAUACAAUAUAGUCAGGACAUUUCCCCACAUUUUGCAGCUAUUGAGGGGAAUUUGAUCACCUGUGUUCCUUAUGGUUUUUGACCUACUGAAUUCAACGUUGUCUGUGCCUAAAUCUAGAUUGGACCCCAGAGGACUUUAUUAGAAACACUUGUUCUUGCAGGUAGGUAGACUCUCUAUCAAGUGUUGUCACCAUUUUGACAAAAAGAUAAUGGUAGACGUCAUAGUAACAAAUCUUCUUAGAAGCUGGAGCUGAAGCAUUAUGAAAUGUUGUGAUUUUAAAUUUAAUGUUGAUAACAUAAUAUCUGGAAAAAUAUACUGUAUUAUAAAACCAAUUGUUAGUAGUAGAAGAUUUUGUUACUGACACAUUGGUGUGUAGAUGAGGCUUCUGUGAUACUGGGAAAAAAGAAAGUUCAAAAUCUAAAAUAACAGCCCAAAUCACUACACGUAUCUUACAAUUAAAUAAGCGCAUCAUUUUGUAAUACAUUUGGUAUCCACUGGGGAUGGGUUCCACGAUCUCUGUGGAUAACAAAAUUUGCAGAUUCUCAUGUCCCAAUGCCACAGGAAAAUGGUGCCUCUUGUAUAUAAAAUAGCAAAAUCAAGGUUUGCUUUUGGAAAUUUAAUUUUUUUUUUUUCCCAAGCAGUGGUUGGUUGAAUCCAUGGAUAAAGAAUCUGUAGAUAUGGAGGAUCAACUGUAACAGUAUUAAAGUCUGCAGAAAUAGCAAUACAGAUUACUUUAGAAGGGCUAUUCUGAAUUUCCAGGCGUUUUAUAAAUCUAUUUUUAUACCAGCAUGUUAAAUAUUUAUAUAAAUAUACAUUCUACAGAUUUUGUUGUUGUUAAGUGCCCUCGAGUCAACCCCAACUCAUGGUGACCCUGUGGAUGAGACAUUUCCAAGGUUCCCUAUCUUCCACUGCUCUUCUUAGGUCCUGUAGAUUCAGACCCAUGCCCUCCCUGUUUGAGUUUGUCCAUCUAGCAUGUGGUCUUCUUCUCUUUCUACCACCCUCUGUCUUUCCCGGCAUUAUUAUCUUUUCUAAUGAGUCAUGCCUUCUC